AUGCCGUCAAGUAUCUCUUCUCUCGCCGUCGUUCCCACGCUAUGUCUCAUUCCCAUCCUCGCCCUCGCGGGCCCGUUGCUGUUCCGCGCCGUGGGAGCUUUGCUGGGGUUGUACCUUCGCAAGAAGACGGAUGGUCGGUUGUCGCAUAUCCUCGAGCUCACUGAGCAGGAUGAAAAGAAGUGGCGGGAAGGCCGGAGGAGCAGCGGUAGCAGUAGCAACAGUGGGAAGGAUGAGGAGUGGGAGGAGGUGGACACAUACACUGUUGGGACGUCGGGGAAUGGGGGCAAGGGUGAGGCGGACUGGGAUGGUGUCGUGGGCUUCUUUCACCCUUUUUGUAAUGCUGGAGGUGGUGGAGAGAGAGUUCUGUGGGCGGCCAUCCGUGCGACACAGCAGCGCUGGCCAAAAGCAAAGUGUAUAGUUUACACUGGGGACCAUGAUGUGAACAAGGACGCCAUCCUGUCUAGAGUCGAGAACCGCUUCAACAUUCACCUCCACCCUCCCACCGUCAAUUUUCUCUACCUCACCACCCGCCAUUGGGUCCUCGCCUCCACAUGGCCGCGCUUCACUCUUGCCGGCCAGUCUUUUGGUUCCCUCAUCGUGGCCUGGGAUGCCUUCAGUCUUUUGGUUCCCGACAUUUUUGUUGACACCAUGGGCUACGCCUUUGCGCUUGGGCUCUCCAAGUUUUUGUUUCCCGAAAUUCCCACGGCCGCAUACGUGCAUUAUCCCACCAUUUCUACCGACAUGCUCGAAUCUCUUGAUCCCACCUCCACCGUUGGCUCUCAGGGGGUCCACGCCGGCCAGGGCACCGGCACUCGCGGCAAGGCCAAGAAGCUGUACUGGAAGCUAUUCGCCAAGGUCUAUUCCCAUGUUGGGGCUUCCGCAGACGUGGUCAUGACCAACUCUACCUGGACUAUGGGUCACAUUCAGAAACUAUGGGGUCCCUUGAGAAGAUCUAACAGGCCAAUUGCUGUGGUGUAUCCUCCGGUGGCCGUCAGUGAACUCGAGCAAGAAGUCGAAGUCUCCCCUGAAAGCGAAAAGAAGAGGGAAAAGGUGCUGCUAUACAUUGCGCAGUUCCGACCAGAAAAGAACCACCAGCUUAUCCUCCAGGCCUUUGCCGAGUUUGUCAAGACGAGCAAGAGCCCGGCGGCCAAGGAGGCGAAGCUGGUGUUGGUGGGCAGUGUAAGGGAUGAUCACGACUCCAAGAGGGUGUAUCAGCUCCGGUUGCUGGUGAACGAGCUGCACAUCAAGGCCAGGGUGGAGUUUCAUCUGGAUGCGAGCUGGCCUGAGAUCUUGGAGUGGCUGAGGAGGGCGAGCGUGGGCGUGAACGGGAUGUGGAAUGAGCACUUUGGCAUCGGGGUGGUGGAGUACCAGGCUGCUGGGUUGGUGAGCGUGGUGCAUGAUAGCGGGGGGCCGAAGAUGGAUAUUGUUGUGGACGUCGGGGGGGGGUUUACUGGCUUCCAUGCUACGACUCCGAGCGAGUUUGCUGAGGGGUUUGAAAAGGCGUUGAGCUUGGAGAACCCGUUGGAGGUGAGGCUGCGGGCGAGGGAGAGUGCAAAGAGGUUUACCGAGGAGGAGUUUGCGAGGAGGUGGGUGAGGGAGAUGGAACCUGUCAUCGGCCUGAACAAGUUGAAGGUCACGACGGAGAAGAGAAGGGUGUAG